GAAGAUUAUGAAACACUAUUAAUUAAGAAGACAAUUUUCUAAAUCAAAUAGAUCACGCAACUUUACCGUAAAAUAUAUAUGUAUAUUAAUACACUGUCACAAUUCAGUGCAGCCGUAGUUAGGAACGAGAGUGAGAAAUGAAAGGUGUAUACAAAUCAAUGUUUCAAAGGAUAUAUCGAAAUUUUGAGCAUGUUUAGCGCAUUAUACUUUGCAAGUUAAUUCGAUGCUAAUUUAUUCAUAAAGCGUUUUUAUAAAAAUAUAUUGCAUGAACAAGAAAACGUUUGUUGACAAAGUGUAAUUCUCGUUUUUGUCCAAAGAGUUUAAGUUAGUAAAAUGGAUAGAUACAUAUUUCAGGAUUUUAUGAUAAAGUUAAUAUUCGGUGUAAAACGGCAACUGGUAAAACAAAAGAACUGUCGAAUAACACCCAGGUAGAUGUGAAACUGGGGCCCGAGUCUAUAAAUGGAAAGCCAAAAACCAGCGUCUUUUGAUACUGAAGAAAAAGAAGCCAUGGAAACACAAAGGGACAUUGAAAGUGUUAAAGACAAUCCAGACACUAAUGAAAAUGAAAGAUUACCGAUAGAUCGAGGAUGGGCAUGGGUAGUACUCGCUGGCAGGUGGCAACCAUACUAUCAUAUUUUGUUUUUAAUAUUAAAUAUGAUUUUUUUUUCUUCUUUUUUUUCCUAGUCCGCUUUUAAAAAUUAAUAUGCUCUAGAAUCUUGUUCUAGGACAAAUGUCUUUGAAAUUUUUAAUUUUUCCAAUGUAAAAUGAUUUUGAAAAGCAAUCGAAUAGUUUAGUGUCCCUACAACAUGUACAACAGAACAGAUAAACCCUUUGACGAAUGUUUUAUUUUAUUACAUACGAUUUUUGAUGAAUUAGAAACAAAGUUGAUGUGGUCUUGCAAUACUAUAUAUAGGGAUUAUCAUUUGUGUAUUUUUUAUAGGAGCAGCAUUUUACUUGGCAAUAUUUGGAGGUAUGAAGAGGAAUUUUGGAAUCAUUUUCGUGGCCAUCCAGGAUAGGUUCGGAUCAACGGCCUCUGUCACGUCUCUCCUAACAACUAUGCAAAACCUUGUCAUGAGUUUUUCGUCCUUGUUUAUUACGACUGUCGGAACAGAGUUCUUGUCCAGCCGUAUGUCCAUCACGCUUGGAGCUUUUGUUUUCACUACAGCUCACAUCAUAUCAGCAUUCUCUACAGAUAUACACAUGUUGUUUGCAUCAGUUGGAUUUCUUGAAGGUUUAGGAACUGCCUUAAGUUUUCCAUCAGUCAUAGCCACGAUUGGAGAAUAUUUCGAUAAAAGGCGUGGACUGGCCACUGGUUUGGCCUUUUGUGGAUCUAAUGUCGGUUGGGUUGUUUUGGCUCCUGUCUUGUCGGCGUUAUUUGAGGACAUCGGGUAUUCCGGAACGUUUAUGAUAAUAGCUGGGAUGACAUUUAAUAUACUGGUAACUGCUGCUUUAUUAAGGCCAGUUAAAUCGUUCAAACUACAUAAAUUGAUAACAAAAGAAACAGAAGAUACAACUAAGGAUAUCAAGGACGUUGGGGAUAUCCUAGAAAGUGAAAACUUUCUUCCAGUGAAAGAUAAUGUGAUGUUUAGCAGUACAAACAGUAUUGAAAAUGGAGUUCAAUCUGAAAGGAAUAAAACAGAUGAGAUUCUGACACAGUUAGUGAUAGAAAAAGAGAACAAAGGAAAAAUGCAACUGAGUGCAGACGGCACACCGUCUACAUCGGAAAUCAUUUGUUUUGAUCUAUGUGAUCAGCCGUCACAUACAAGGACAAAGUCAAGCUCACCGUUAUUACCAAGAAACACCGCAUGUUCUCUUGCUAACAGGCGAACAAGUAUCUCGUCACAAGACUCACAAAAGGGGCUGUUACCCUUGAAUAGUCUUGCUAAAGACAAGAAAGCUUCAUUCCGGAGGAGACUGAAGGCCUCAUACGACUUAACCUUAUUCAGAUCACUGGUAUUUCCGGUGUUCUUACUUAUGGCGGCCAUGAUGGGACCAACAACUCUUCUUCUUCCGGUGUUUUUAGCUCCAUUAUCUAGAGAUCUCGGUUUAAGUGCUGAACGAACUGGAAUACUAAUGUCAAUUUUAGGUGGUGUCGGGUUGUUCUCUAGAAUUCUUUGCGCUUUAUUUGCCGACAGAAAAUAUGUGAAAUUGACUACACUGUUAGCUGUGGUAUCAAUUCUUGCAGGGGUAACAGCGCAUUGUGUUAGAUUCAUCAAGACUUUCCAUUUACUGGUUUUCGUUGCUGUAAUAUUUGGAUUAUGUUGUGAAAUCUACCAAUCGAUGUAUCCCGUUAUUCUCGUGGAGUACCUGACGUUACCCAAAUUGAAGAGCUGUAUCGGGUUUACGGUGUUGUGUCACGGUGUAGCAGCCGCGUCUACAUAUCCAGUUAUUGGUUCGUUCAGAGACGCUACAGGAAAUUACAUCGCAUCGUAUCACUUUCUGGGAACCAUGUCUUUUGUAGGGGCACUUCUAGCAUUGUCUUUGCCAUAUCUUCAUAGAAGACAGAAAAAGUACGUGGGAGUAUGAAGACUAAAAUGCUUAAAGUUUGUGUUUUUACUAUGUUGAUAACAGAUGAGAGCGAAGUUGUGCUGAGUUUAUCUUUAUAAAGUAAACGAAAGUGAAAUUCGGAAGAUCAUGCUUUUUUGUUGUUGUUUUCUAGCUCACCAGAGCACAAAGUGCUCAAGGUGAGCUAUUGUGACCGGUCAUUGUCCGGCGUCCGUCGGCGUUGGUCGUGCGUCAGUGCGUCGUCCGUCGUGCGGCGUCCGUCAACAUUUGCCUUGUGAACACUCUAUAGACCACAUUUGUGUCCAAAUCUUUAUGAAACUUGGUAAGAAUGUUUGUCUUUAUAAUCGCUAGGUUAAAUUUGGAACUGGGUCAUGUGGAGUAAAAAACUAGGUCAGUAGACCAGAUCAAAGGAAAAGCUUGUGAACACUCUAGAGGCCGGCCACAUUUGUGACCCACUAUUUAUGAAACUUGGUAGAAUGUUUGUCUUGAUGAUUUCUAUGUCAAAUUUGAAACUAGGUCAAGUUGGAUCAGAAACUAGAUCAAUAGGCUAUAUCAAAGGAAAAGCUUGUGAUUACUCAAAAUGCCACAUUAGUGACUCAAUCAUUAUGAAACUUCGUCAGAAUGUUAGUCCUUAUGAUCUCUUGGUCAGGUUUGAAACUGAGUCGUGUUGAGGUCAGUAAGCCAGAUCAAAGGAAAAGCUUGUGAACAAUUUGAUCCAAUCUUUAUGAAACUUGGUCAGAAUGUGUUGAUGAUUUCUGGGUCAAGUUUGAAUCUGGGUCAUGUGGGGUCAAAAACUAGGUCACACGGUCAAAUCAAAGAAAAAGCUUGUGAAUACUUUAGAGGCCACAGUUGUCACUCAGUCGUUUUUAAACUGGGUCAGAAUGUUUGUCUUAAUGAUUUCUAGGUCAGAUUUGAAACUGAGUCAUGUGGGGUCAAAACCAGGUCAGUAGGCUAGAUCAAAGGAAAAGCUUGUGAACACUCUAAAGGUCACAGUUGUGACCCAAUAUUUAUGAAACUUUGUCAGAAUGUUUGCCUUGAUGAUUUCUAGGUCAGUUUUGAAACUAGAUCAUGCAAGGUCUUAAAGUAGGUCUGUAGGCUAGAUGAAAGGAAAAGCUUGUGAACACUCCAUAAGCCACAGUUGUGACUCACUCUUUAUGAAACUUGGUCAGAGUAUUUGUCUUGAUGAUCUCUAGGUCAAGAUUUACUCUGGGUCAUGUUGAAUCAAAACCUAGGUCACAUGGUCAAAUCAUAGGCAAAGCUUGUGAACACUCUAAAAGCUACAGUUGUGACUCAAUCUUUAUGAAACUUGGUCAGAAUGUUUGCCGUUAUAAUUGCUAGGUUAAAGUUGGAACUGGGUCAUGUGGAGUAAAAAACUAUGUCAGUAGACCAGAUCAAAGGAAAAGCUUGUGAACACUCUAAAGGUCACAGUUGUGACCCAAUAUUUAUGAAACUUUGUCAGAAUGUUUGCCUUGAUGAUCUCUAGGUCAGUUUUGAAAGUAGGUCAUGCGGGGUCUAAAAGUAGAUCAGUAGGCCAGAUCAAAGGAAAAACUUGUGAACACUCCAUAGGCCACAGUUGUGACUCUAUCUUUAUGAAACUUGGUUAGAAUGUUUGUCUUGAGGAUCUCUCGGUUAAAUUCGAAACUAGUUCAUGUGUGGUAAAAAAAAAAUCUUGGUCAGUAGGCCAGAUCAACUCUGGUGAGCGAUAUAUGGGGCCAUCAUGGCCCUCUUGUUUUUUUUUAAGAAGGAAAAGGAAUCAUACAAUGCAGAUUGGACGUUUUCAUUCUGUCCGCCCGUCCUUCCGCAGCCAUAUAUCCAAGUAAAAGUUUGUUACCUUGAGUUGAUAUUUUGUGGUUUUCAUUUUUUUGUAACUAUGCAUGGAUUGCACCAGUCUAUGCCAACAUGCUGAUCUGUGUAGGCGAAUACUCUUAUAAAAUAUUUGCUCCAAAAUAAACUAAAAUGGUUGAA